AUGGGUGGGCUGGGUUUGAAGAAGCCCAGUGUAAUGAAUCAAGCCUUACUAAUGCGGCUGGGCUGGAUGGUUCUGGACGAUCCGGAGACCAUAUGGGUGAGAGCAUUUAAGGCAAAAUAUGGGCUUGAUGAUCCCAUGGGCCCAGAAGUGCUUAAAACGCAGAACCCAUCUGUGAUCUAUAGUGCUUUGAAGAAUAUUUUUGACUGCCAAUGCAAAAAGGGGUUAGAUGGGUUGUUAAUAAUGGAGAGAAAGUCAAGUUUUGGGAGGAUGUUUGGCUUAUUGGGUCCAAAACACUUGAGGAACAGGCGUUUGGGCCAAUUUCAGCGGCCCAAAAAAAUAGACAUGUUUCUGAUUUUGUAA